ACCUGUUUGAAUAGGCCAAAAGAAAAAGUAUAUUUGAAAAAAAAAAAAAAAAAAAGACUAACCGACUUAACCGAUACCUUUAAAAAGGUUCCCUCCAUCCCCAAUUUCGCCCUUUUCAAUUUCAACGCCUCCGCUGACUCCCUUAACCCGCUUUUACUUUCUUUUUCUCAUCAAUCAAUCGCUUUCUUACUCGUUAAUCAGAUUUUUAUUGUUGCAGUUUGUCACAAUUUACAAAUGAGUGAGCUUUGAGGAAACUUUUGUUUCGGGUGAUAUUUUCUCCCCUUUGACUUGAAGGCCCUGCAUUCGUAGGAUCUCAGGAUACCAUGUCCAACAAGGGAGAGAAAGAAGCUGGAAAAGAAAGACAGUCUGCUGCUCGUGUUCUUGGUAUUGCUAGACAAAUACGCUCAGGACGAUUAUCUGAAAAUACAGCAAUAAAAAGUUGUGCCACUCCUGUGUUAUGCAGUUCAAAUAAAAAUAAGAAGUCAGAGGAGUCUUCAGGGGCUGCCAAAAAAGCUGCUAUUGGUGGUGUUACUGAGACUGAACCCAGGAAAUCUGGAACGAAAACAGUUAACUCUACUGUCUGGAAAGCAAGAGACCUUAAACGCACUGCAGCUAGUUUAGCACAGAAGGAAGCAGGAGCAGGUGGACAGGAAACACCCCAGGUGACUCGGAGUUCCAGGAUGGGAAAACAGCCUAGCACGCCUGCUAAGAAAACAGAAGAAAAGAUCACAUCCCCUCAGCAGGUUUGGAGAGAAAAAGCUCAACCGGAGUCCACUGAUAGGAGGAAGCUUUCAGCAAAAAGACAGCAAUCGCAGCUUCCUGGUGUUACCACAAGACAGUCAUCAAAAAUGACUGAUUCGAGUCCUUCCACUAGCAAGUCGAAGAAGUCUGCAAUUCAAAAACAGGUUGAAGGAAAGGAACCUUCACCUAAAGAACGAUCUUCUAAAGGGAAGCAGGUUCAGAAAAAGCAGACUGAACAUAAAGCUUCUACCAGCAGAUUACAUUUGGAACCAGAGAGUUUUCGGUUGGAACCAGAGAGUUACCGGUAUCAUAUACAAUGGGAUGGUAAUAACGAACCUGAUAUCCAAAUUGGAGUUUGUUGCUCUCUGUGUGAGAAGGACCUGGGGGUUGCACCAGACAGUGGGGGUGACUAUGACGGCGAGGGUGAGUUCUCCACGAUACCUGUUGUAGCAAUCCUGUCUUGUGGGCAUUCCUUCCAUUAUGUUUGCCUAAAUCUCGGUGAACUUGAAGGGCAGCAGGGAGAUCCGCCGUGUGUUUUUUGCGAAAGUUUCAUGUCUUAGUAUGAAUCAUUUGCGCCAAUUUUGUCAAUCUUGGUAAAAUUUGUUCAUAGUCUUUUUUAGAAGAGGCAGUGUAGGCCCAGGCUCAUCAAAACUCAACCAGAAACAGCAAUAUUUUCAUAUUGGGUGUUGUUGAUGACUUGAUCUUACUUAAAUGUUACAAUAAAUAAGAUAUAUGAAAUAAUAUGUGCUCUUCAUUCAA